AUACAUGUAUGUGGGUGGACGCAUAGAGAACACGCAGGCACUCACUUUUCCCGUCGUGCGUUUAUUUUCCUGUAAGAAUUCGAGAGCGGGAACAAAUUUCGAGCUCGAGGAAGAUUGCAUUUGCAAAUCACAGUUAAAAAUAUUGGUAUGGAAUUAUGACGCUCGCAUAUCAUGAAAUCUCUUUCGCGUUCUCUUGGUAUACCGGGGAAAAAAACUCUUAACUGGGAAACACACACCUAAGAGUUGAAGAUUAUUUAAAAGGAGUGACGGACCAGUUUGACGCUGGAAAAUUUCUGACCAUGCCUGGCAGCUAGCGUGAUUUGGAAAAAGAUCUGGAUUGAACGACAAACCUCACCCUGUUGUACACAUAUAGGCCCUAUGCGGACUUAAACUGGAAUCAUGAAAAAUAAUUUGGGCGCCAGGAUGGAGGCAAGUCACGUCAAACUCAACGGAAUUCGACUCGACAUACUGUUAAUGCAAGCAAAAAAUGGCGGCAAACACGUAAAAAUGUACGUCUUGAAACAAGUAUUCGAAGCCUUUCAAAAGGAAAAAAAAUCAUUUCCGAGGACUACGUUUCAUAAACGCUUGAGCAGGCUACAUAUCACCCUAAAACCGUGCAAAUUAAAAGAGAUUCAUCGCCUAAAAUGGCUAAAAGCAGUUCCGAAUCGUACCAGUAAAUGUUGUCUAAUUUCUCAUGCAGAUUUGCUAAAGCUUUGUCGGUCGUGUGGUGUAGAAACAGAGGCGUUGGAAAGCAAAAGUAAGGUCAAAACAAACAUCAAAUUAAAACGCAAGAAACGCAAGAAAAAUGCCAAGAAACGAGAGAGGGAUAUAGACAGAAAAUGUAAAAAUUCAAAUGAGUAUGAUUUAGAAUAUUCAAUGUGCUCAGAAAGAAUUAUUAACUGUCAUAAGUCGAGUGGUACAGAUUAUCCGAAUGCUUCAAAAUCCGACAUAAGUUUUACCCACGGUAACUCAGUGGACAGUGAUUUCCGUACACAACAUGUGCGUAGCGGCAAUGCAAUGCACGGAGAGGCUACAUGUAAACAAAUGGUGAAUGGCCGCUGCAUUGAGUAUGACAGUAGCAGCUCCACUAAAAAAUCGGUGGAAUUUUCGUUUUCUGAGCCUCGCUUUGGAUUUCGAAAAUGUGAGAGGAGAACUGUGACAUUUGACAUUCAUUCCCAAGCAUUUUCUACGGCAGACAGCUCUUUAUUUGACGCCAAACGACCAAAGAACAUGCGCGGAGAAGCCGAAUUUGAUUGUCGAGAAACUGGCGCAAACAUGGAUGAUAAUAAUACAGUAGACACAUGCCUUCCUAUUGCAUCAAAUGCUAACGUAAACUGUGAGGAUAUUAUACACAGUGAAACUAAAACGGCCGCCUCGAAAGAAAAGGAAUAUUUUGGAUUUACUGGGCAGGAGAAAGAGGAUAAUUCUUGGAAAUCGUUUGGCAAUGUACCCGACCAAGAUGCGGCCGCCAUAUUGGAGAAUACCGAGGAAAAUAGUGAAGGAGAAAUACGUUUUGUGAAUGGAUUUCAAUUUGCCGUCGCAGCUCAACAGAUUCGCGUGGGGUGCAAUGAUUUGGAGAGCGGCAGUGACCAAGAGAGUGAAUUGUCGAACUUGGAAAUCAACUCGAAUCUGUCUGAUUUAUCGGAGUUAUCAGUGUCCAGUGAGUCGUUGAAUUCGGAGUCAAGCAGAAACAUGGGCGCUGGGGAGAUUGGUAGGGGUCGGUGGCGGGCCAGGGUCGGGUCAAAUUCAGACGGGGAGUCGGAAUGCUCACCGAACUUGAGAGACAGUCCAGCGGACUUUUAUCAUGGAGCGAAUCCAGGUCAUAGUAUUAGUAUAUCGCGUGGAGCUAGCUGCGGUCUACCAAGUUUACAUUCGUCACUGUGUAACCCCAGUACAUUAUGGUCGCAUCAUUCGGCAAUGUACGCUAAGAAAAUAAGCGACUCUAUGCGAGCCAAGAAUGAUAAAUCCUUGAUUAUGCAGGGGCGCCAUAACAAUUGCAUUAGGAACAUUCAGCAGAAAGCUCGUGAAAAUCAUGAAAACGAGCGGACCACUGAACACGAGUGCGGCCGAAACUGUACGGAGGUUACCGCUGCUGAGUCGGGGGAACACCAAGACACUGUAACAGGUGCAUCGGCCCUGGUGUUGAAAAAGAGCCAGAAAUCGUGGCAUGUCUCGCCACAAAAAGAAGGGGAGGAGACCUUAAAUGGGGAGAUCAAACUUGGAGAAAAAAGGAAAUCGGGCAUACGGACAGAAGAAUGCACAGAAAGUAAAUCCCUGCCUCACAAGAAAAAUCACAAGAAAAAGAGAAAGAAGAAAAAUACACGAUGUAACUUUGACGGGGAAGGUGUAGAAAAAUGUGAUGUGAAUGGGAAUUUCGUCAAACGGGCGAAAGGUUCGGGUACGCGUCUUGUAUCAGAAACCAAGCCAGAAAUUUGCCAUAAGAAAAAACGACACAAUGCGCAACGGGAACCAAAGAAAGUGGCGGAAUUAAAGCGAAAACUGGAAGCCAUUUCUAACGAAUUAGAACGCCUUCAGAAAAGCAAGGCGAAGAAAUCGAUCGGAAAGGGGGUGGUGAAUUGUAAGCAAGAAAAGACACGGCGAUUAAAACCGCAAGAAACCAAAAGAAAGCCAAGGGGGAAACGGAAGAAUAGUGGACCGGACCCCAAGAUGGCUACUUUCAAUAUGUCCGAGUUUCUCUUAUUACCCCCUUCUUUGGUUGUUGGUGAUGGAGACUUGAAACCUGCAUGCAGCAUGGCUGUUCCAAGGGGUGUCAACCCUCCCAAAUGUCACCCUGUUUGGAGAUGGAAAAUCGGUGGUACACCCCUUCCAAGACCGAAAAAAUAGGCAUAAGCCUAUACCACAUGGUGCUAUUACUACGAGGUGAACAAAAAUGUUUUCCAUCUUGAUAUUAUAUGUUCUAUGUGAAAUGUAUUUUCGGCUAAAGAUGAGGGAUCAUGAACUAUUCAGUGACUGCCAUUUCAAUUUUAUAUUGUACAAACAUUGCAAAUCAUUUAGUGGCAAAAUCGUGUAAAAUAACCAGAGUAAUGUGUCUUUAACAUGUUCAUCAAGAAUUGACGUAAUAUGCACUGGUCAAUUGCAAAGAUUUGAUGCAAUUGUCUCCAAAAAUAUUUAAAAGUUUACAUUAUUGCAUUGCAGGUUUAUACCAAAGAGAGUUUGAAUCAUGGAAUGAAACUCGCCAUUUUCAAUGAUAUUUGGUUUGUAUUCCAUGACAUUAAUGAUUAAACAAUUACGAAUACAUGUAUAUGGUAAUCUCGAUAAAUUUCUUGUCAAGUUUGGGUUGGAAUUAAAAGAGCGAGACGUUAGUGGAACUGGAAAUUAUGAUUGAAAGUGUGAAACGGCAAUGUUAUUUUGGUUCUACAUUAUGUGUAAUAAUAUUACAUCCACAUGCGAACAUGUAUUACUACACACAUCUACGUGUAUGGUAAAGAGUUUGAAUUGUGUUGAAAUUACAUUAUAACAGAAAAGGCCUGUAUGAUCAGUUUGCUUACAUGUGUACAUGAAUGAUCUAAAUCGGUAUCGUUUAGUUAUUGAAUUUUAUGACGCGUGGACACAGGGAGAACUUCCAUUUUUAGGAUUAUUCCAUUAUGUACGAUAUGUACAAAGUUUGUGAUGAAAUAUGCAAAGAAGUUUUUUUUUUAUGAAUGGCGGUUAUUUGAAAAAGCUCAUGAUCCUAGCCAUUUUGUUAUAUGAGCAGAGAAUCAGCGAGAUUUGUUGUACUACUGUAUUUUUUGCAGGGAUCAUUUUUUUUCUUUCUUCCUGUUAUAAAUAUAUUCCGAAAGGAAUAAGAGUGAAAUAUGAUAUCAUUUUCCAAGUAUUAUUUCAAACUAUCACAAUUCACAAACUAGGAUUUUUGUAAUAAAAAUGUUGAAAUUUGUGCUCGCUCUCAACUUCUUAUUAAUUUUAUGCGUUUCGCCAUAUCGAGCCCCCUCAAAAUUUUUGGAUCAUUAAUACGCCACUGCCUAUACAUGUACACUUCCUUGCCCAUUUGGCAAGCUUCAUGCAGGCGGGCAAGUCUUAUUGUUAUGUAUACAGUCAUUUCUAUGCUCGUCUGUGUAAAACUGCCGGAAAUAUUUUUUGUAAUGUUUUCGGGAACAUCAAAAUGUAUUUUGUUAAAUCAGAAAUUUAUCUGGAGCUGUAUGACACUUUAAAAAUAGUAUUACACAGAAAUAUUUGCAUUAGAAAAGGAUCGGAUUAUCUUUCUAUGUCAGAUCUCAAUAUAUUUUUUUGCUGUUAAUCUACCCUAAUUGGUUACCGAUGUAAAGUUACGCUGAAUUGUAAAUCUUCAAGUGUAACAUUGAAAUUACAUGUAUUUUGGAAGAAAAAUGAAUUGUUUGAGCCAUUUUUACAGACUGUAUCAGUUACAAGGAUAAACGUAACAAGACGUGUUAUAUAAGCUCUGAACCUCUUUCUGGCCUAUAUAUCUCUUCUACCUCAGUCUUAUUUCUAACCCUUAUCUCUCUUUCUCCUUUCCUCAUAUAUACAUUUUCACUUGCUUUGAAAAAAAUAGGAUUCGUAAAGAAAUCCGAUGGGUGAAAUAUUGUCCGACCAAAUUAUUGAUGAACAUGGUAAAGAUUGACAGACAAUAAUCCAUUAUAAAAUUAUUGUUAAACCUACCGAAUUUCGGCUGGUUUCUAUCAUAUUUUUGUCGGACAUAUAUAUUCACAUGUCUGCUACUAUGCAGUAGUUGACUGGACUUUUGGAAAGAAAUUAAACAACUCAAAUGUUGGUUGAGUCGACCAACUGUUAGAUUAAAAAGAAAGAAUCAUAAUUCAUUUUGCAUUCAAUUAUUUUUUACCAAACAGUGGUGAUUGGUUAAUUAAAACAUUUCUAAGAUUUGUAGGUGCUGCAUACUGAUAAAAAAAACCGUCACAAAUCGCAUAUGUAUAAGUAUCGAUUGUAGUAUAUGUAUAUAUAAACUAUUAUUUCUUUAAUUUUAUUUUGGAUAAUUUCACACAUUCAUGUUGCAUUGAUAGGCCAAUAUAUACAGGAUAUAUAUAUUUUACUUCAGAAAAUGACAUUCCUAAAAUCAACUAUAUGCUGCAACAUGCACGCAACCUCCUGUCUAGAGUUUAGCCCGGGGAGUUUAGAUGAAUAAUUAUACCGUUAACUUAAUUUUGUUAAUAAAUUACUUGAUAUUGGACGUAAGGCUAUCCAUGUUUAUGAUGUUGUUAUGAACAAUCCUUCUUUCCGACGAGGCUUCCAUUAUUUCUCAAAGAAUAUAAAGUGUCAUUCACAUUCAUGCAUUUGACAUUUUAAUCAUUAAAUGCAUUAAGACCAGUUAAUGCCUGAAUAGUGAAUAGCGGGCUCCCAUAUUGUAUCGUUCACUGCCUUUUCUGUCUGUAUAAUGUUAUACAUGUAACUUUGAAAACUCAGUAUAACGAAGUCACCCCGACUUUUUACACCACCCCUAAAGAAGAUAGAUCAGGGGCCCGUUGCAGAAAGAGUUGCGUUUAACGCAAGUAAAAAAAUCAAUCGCAAGUCCCAAAUGCGCGCUGUUGAUUGGUUGAAAAUCAAGUUGCGCAUGAUUUUUAGAGUUGCGAUUGAUUGCAACUCUUUCUGCAACGGGCCCCUGCUUGGCCCCUUCCGCCCGCCACUGGAAAAUAAGAAGUACAUGUAUGGAAAGGAUAUCAGCUUGUGAUUAUGAAAAGAGGUUACAUCAGGAACAUUCAUCAUUCAUGUCAUUUUUUAUCAUUUUUAUUGAUAUUUUAUUAUUGUCAACCUCUUUUAGCACCAACAAAAAAUGUACAUUAAUUCGAGUACCUUGUCAUUAAAGGAUAUUGGAAAAUGUAACAA